AUGGGCACUCCACAACAAGACCACCAUACUUUAAAGGGACCUAAACCCAUUCCCAGAGCGGACACUGAAAACAAAGAAGAUGCAGAAACUUCAACAAUUGAUCUAGAGUCACAUGACAUUACUAAAGAACAACAAGAGACAGUGCAAAUAAAUGCAAAGGCAAUAGCCUUGCUCUACUGUGCAGUGAGUGGAGAAGAGUAUGCAAAAAUUUCAAAUUGUGAUACUGCCAAAGAAAUGUGGGAUAAACUUGAGGUCACUUAUGAAGGAACAUCAAAAGUAAGAGAAACAAAAAUUGAUGCUCUAAGACACGAUUAUGAAGCCUUUAUGAUGAAAGAAGAUGAGAACAUCGAAUCAAUGUUCACAAGAUUCAGCAAGAUUAUUGGAGAACUCAAAUCGCUUGGAGUAACCUACACCAACUCACAACAAGUUAGAAAGCUUGUUAGAAGUCUGCCAAAGACUUGGGAAACCAAAGCAAUUGUUCUUGAAGAUGGAAAUCUGGAUAAGUUCACCUAUGAUGAAUUAAGAGGAAAUCUAAUAGCUUUUGAGAAGAAUCAUAUACAAAGAUACCAGAAGGACGAAAAGAAGAAAGUGGUCGCCUUCAAGGCUCAAGUUGAAGAAUCUGAUGAUGAUUUUAAAGAAGAAGAAGUAGCUAUGAUUUCGAGGCAUGUGAUAGAAGCCAUGAGAAGAUCAAGAAAUAACAGAAAAGGAAGCUCAAACUUUAGAAAAGCCAAGACUCCCACUGGACAGCAAAAGAAUGACGAAAAAUGUUAUGAAUGUGGAAAAUAUGGCCAUAUUGCAUCUGAAUGUCCUGAGAUAAGAAAGAAACCAACCAGAGGUUAUCAAAAACAAAGAGCUUUCAGCAGUUGGAGUGAAGAUGAGAUCUCAGAUGAAGAAUCUGAAGAAGGUGAAAAUAUGUUUUUCAUGGCUCUCGAAGGAGACAGUAAGGUAAGUUCUCAUUCCUGCGCUAAAUGUGAAGAAACUCAAGAAUUAUUAGAUCAAACUCUUAUAGACCUAAAUAAUGUCUUUGAUGAAUAUAGAAAACUGAAGAGAGGGAAAAAGGAAUGGGAAUCAAGAUUAGAAAUUUGCGAAAAAGAAAAAAAUUCGAUUCAAAAUGAAGUUUACAAUUUACAAUCUAGAUUAGAUACUUUACUGAAACCUUCCAACCAUAACUAUGUUAAGUCAAACCAAUCAACUUAUACACAUAAGUUCACUGGGAAAAAGGUUGUGCAAAUGACUAGCAAUUUUGAAGGAAAGAAAACUGAUUCCUUAAACACUGAUAAGCCAACUAGAACUUUUAAAAGGACUGAAAGGAAAUCUGGAAUGCAUAGCUCAACCGAUUCCUAUAGAGUGGAAAGAAAACCUUUUCAAACAUGUUUUUGCUGUGGAAAACUCGGCCAUAACUAUCAUAACUGUAGAUUUCGAUUUUCAACUGCACCUGGAACACCACAAGAAAAAGAAAAAGGGAAAAUGGUAUCUAGACAGUGCGUGUUCAAUACAUAUGACAGUCUAUUCAAAUCAGUCACUGACUUUGAUGGAGGAUUGGUAACUUUUGGAGACAAUUCAACUGGAACGGUAAUUGGUAUUGGUACUAUUGCUUUUGAUAAUUCCUGUGACAUUUCAAAUGUUUGGUUGGUAAAGGGACUUAAGUAUAACUUGUUAAGUGUAAGUCAGCUAUGUGAUUCAGAUCUUGAGAUAAGAUUUAGUAAAUCAGGUUGUGUCAUAGAAGACUCCUCUGGCAUAAAGAUUCUUCCUGGAAGCAGAAACAAAAAUGUAUACACUUUGGACUCUGUCAAAAAUCCUAAAGGUCAUAUAUGCCUGGCAUCAAUGGGAGAAGAUCCGUGGAUGUGGCACAAGAAUCUUGGGCAUGCUAGUAUGCGAUGA